AUGAACAACAUCGAAGAGUUGAAAAAGAAGGAUGAGGAGCGUGGUGGGAUGAUGGAACUUUCGGGAGGGCACAUGGACCUCCACAAGGAUGGUGAAGAGCUGAUUGAUAUCAAAGUUGAGGUGAAAAAAGAAGAGGAGGAGCCGUAUGUGACGGGCGGUCAGCAGUCUACGGAGGAGGACGUGAUUAUGGUGAAGAUUAAAGAGGAGGAACCUUCUCCAGGUAUCAGCUCAGCAAAUAUGAUUUCUGUUUCUUUGUGGCCAUUCCAGCGUGAAGAACUGAUGGACAUGAACAUUGAGGUUAAAGUGGAAGAAGAGACUUCUAUGAGGGGCGAUCAAAAGAUUACGGAAGAGGCUGGGAUGGUGGUGACUCUUAAAGAGGAGGAUCCUUCCUUAUAUAUCAGCACAGAUGGACGUUUUGUUCUGAAUUCCUCGGAGGGAGAUCCAAUGUUACCUCCAGAUGUGAAGACAGAAGAUGAUGACAUCACACAACGUUCUCCGGGAGCGAAUCCCAUUCCUCAUAACAGACAUCACCGACCUUCCCAUUCAGAGACAUCAAUGGAUCCCUCUAAUCCUGAGGAACCUUCUGAUCCCUCCCAUCCCAUGACAUCACACCUCCAUCUGAGAUCUCAGAGUGCAGAGAGAUCAACAGAUCCAUCUAACCCCGAGGAACCUUCUUUACCCGAUGGAGGUCACCCAGUAGAGCGAUCAUUGUCAUGUUUGGAUUUGAAGGAAUCCCACGCCAAAAACAAAGCACCGCCUAAAUGGCAGAGAACUCCCUCGGGUGAGCGCCCCUAUUCCUGUUUAGAGUGUGGAAAAAGUUUCCCCAAGAAACAAAACCUCUUUAUACACCAGAGAAUUCACACGGGUGAGCGCCCCUUCUCGUGUUCGGAGUGCGGGAAAUCUUUCAAUAUGCAAGGAAACCUUCUGUUGCACCAAAGAAUUCACACAGGCGAGCGUCCUUUUUCAUGCUCAGAGUGUGGGAAAAGUUUCACUAAGAAAGACAACCUUCUCAUACACCAGAGAACGCACACGGGGGAGCGUCCUUUUUCGUGUUCGGUUUGCGGGAAAAGUUUCACACAGAAAGAAAACCUUGUUACUCACCAGAGAAGUCACACGGGUGAGCGGCCAUUUUCAUGUUCAGAGUGCGGGAAAAGUUUCACUAAGAAAGGCAACCUUCUUACACACCAGAGAAUCCACACGGGUGAGCGUCCUUUUUCGUGUUCGGAAUGCGGGAAAUGUUUCACUAAGAAACAACACCUUCUUAUACACCAGAGGACUCACACGGGUGAGCGUCCUUUUUCAUGUUCGGAAUGCUGGCAUUCUUUCAUUACGCAAAGAAACCUUUUGUUACACCAGAGAACUCAUACUGGGGAGCGGUCUUUUUCAUGUUCAGAGUGUGGGAAAAGUUUUACUCAGAAAGGACACCUUGUUACUCACCAGAGAAGUCACACGGGUGAGCGUCCCUAUUCGUGUUCAGAGUGCGGGAAAUGUUUCACUAAGAAAGUAAACCUUCUUAUACACUUGAGAACUCACACCAGUUGAAGCCCUUUUUCAUGUUCUGAAUGCGGGAGCUGUUUCAC